AUGAAUGCCCACCCCAAGGAGAUGGUGCCCCUCAUGGGCAGGAGAGCUGUGGCCCCCAGUGGGAACCCUGCCAUCCUACAGGAGAAGAGGCCUACUGAGCUCACCCCUACCAAGAAGAGUGCACACUUCUUUUUGGAGAUAGAAGGGUUUGAACCUAACCCCACUGUCAACAAGACCUCACCCCCUGUCUUCUCCAAGCCCAUGGAUUCCAACAUCCGUCAGUGCAUCUCUGGCAACUGUGAUGACAUGGACUCCCCUCAGUCUCCCCAAGAUGACGUGACAGAGACCCCGUCCAAUCCCAACAGCCCAAGUGCAAACCUGGCCAAGGAAGAGCAGAGGCGAAACAAGAAGCGUCUGAAGAAGCGCAUAUUUGCUGCUGUGUCGGAGGGCUGCGUGGAGGAGUUGGUGGAGCUGCUGAUGGAGCUUCAGGAACUGAGCCGCCGGCGCCGCCGGGGCCUCGAUGGACCUGACUUCCUCAUGCACAAGCUGACAGCCUCGGAUACGGGGAAGACCUGCCUGAUGAAGGCCUUGUUAAACAUCAACUCCAACACCAAGGAGAUUGUGCGGAUCCUUCUCACCUUCGCUGAGGAGAAUGGCAUCCUGACCAGGUUCAUCAAUGCCGAGUACACGGAGGAGGCCUAUGAAGGGCAGACAGCGCUGAACAUCGCCAUUGAGCGGCGGCAGGGGGACAUCACCGCGGCUCUCAUCGCGGCUGGCGCGGACGUCAACGCUCACGCCAAGGGUGUCUUCUUCAACCCCAAGUACCAGCACGAAGGCUUCUACUUCGGUGAGACACCCCUGGCCCUGGCAGCAUGCACCAAUCAGCCUGAGAUCGUGCAGCUGCUGAUGGAGAACGAGCAGACAGACAUCACCUCCCAGGACUCCCGGGGCAACAACAUCCUCCACGCACUGGUGACAGUGGCUGAGGACUUCAAGACGCAGAACGACUUUGUAAAGCGCAUGUACGACAUGAUCCUGCUCAGGAGUCGCAACUGGGACCUGGAGACCAUGUGCAACAAUGAAGGCCUCAACCCAUUGCAGCUGGCAGCCAAGAUGGGCAAGGCAGAGGUCCUGAAGUACAUCCUCAGUCGUGAGAUCAAGGAGAAGCCACUCCGGAGCUUGUCCAGGAAGUUCACGGACUGGGCAUAUGGGCCUGUAUCAUCCUCACUCUACGACCUCACCGAUGUGGACACCACAACAGACAAUUCAGUGCUGGAGAUCAUUGUCUACAACACCAACAUUGAUAACCGUCAUGAGAUGCUGACCCUGGAGCCCCUUCACACACUGUUGCGUAUGAAGUGGAAGAAGUUUGCCAAGUACAUGUUCUUCUUGUCCUUCUGUUUUUAUUUCUUCUACAACAUCACCCUGACGCUUGUCUCAUACUACCGUCCCCGGGAAGAGGAGGCCCUCCCACAUCCUUUAGCCCUGACACACAAGAUGGGAUGGCUGCAACUCUUAGGAAGGAUGUUCGUGCUCAUCUGGGCCAUGUGCAUCUCUGUGAAAGAGGGCAUUGCCAUCUUCCUGCUGAGGCCCUCGGAUCUGCAGUCCAUCCUCUCAGAUGCCUGGUUUCAUUUUGUCUUUUUUAUCCAAGCUGUGCUUGUGAUACUGUCUGUCUUCUUGUACUUGUUUGCCUACAAAGAGUACCUCGCCUGCCUCGUGCUGGCCAUGGCCCUGGGCUGGGCGAACAUGCUUUACUACACACGGGGGUUCCAGUCCAUGGGCAUGUACAGCGUCAUGAUCCAGAAGGUCAUUUUGCAUGAUGUUCUGAAGUUCUUGUUUGUAUAUAUUGUGUUCCUACUUGGAUUUGGAGUAGCCUUGGCUUCACUGAUUGAGAAGUGUUCCAAGGAGAACAACGACUGCAGCUCCUACGGCAGCUUCAGUGACGCGGUGCUGGAGCUCUUCAAGCUUACCAUAGGCCUGGGCGACCUGAACAUCCAGCAGAAUUCCAAGUACCCCAUCCUCUUCCUGUUCCUGCUCAUCACCUAUGUCAUCCUCACCUUUGUCCUCCUUCUCAACAUGCUCAUUGCCCUGAUGGGAGAGACCGUGGAGAACAUCUCCAAGGAGAGCGAGCGUAUCUGGCGCCUACAGAGAGCCAGGACGAUCUUGGAGUUUGAGAAAAUGUUGCCAGAAUGGCUGAGAAGCAGAUUCCGAAUGGGAGAGUUGUGUAAAGUAGCAGAGGAUGAUUUCCGACUGUGCUUGCGGAUCAAUGAGGUGAAAUGGACAGAAUGGAAAACACAUGUCUCCUUCCUUACCGAGGACCCGGGACCCGUGAAACGGACAGCAGAUCUCAAUAAAAUCCAAAAUGUAUCCAGGAGCAACAGUAAAACCACUCUUAAUGCGUUUGACGAAAUAGAUGAAUUUCCAGAAACGUCGGUGUAG